CCUUUUUAAUCACCUUAUCUUCCCCAAAAGGAAGAAAAUCUGAUCUGUAAUUUCAUUCCCGUAAUUGGAAACUUUCACUCCAGAUUGUGCAUUAAAUUGCAUUAAUUCUCCAUUCAAAUACCAACACAUUGCGUAACGCUUGGACCACUCGGCGAGGAGUUUUUCGCCACCACCAUUCCAUUUUCCAAUUUGUAGGUGUGUUGAAUCAUGGCGGCGGCACCGGCGGCGUCUCUGUAUGUCGGGGAUUUGCAGGCGGACGUGACGGACGGCGAUCUGUUCGACUUGUUCUCGGAAUUCAACGUCGCGUCUGUUCGGGUUUGCCGCGAUUCGUCCACUGGCCGCUCGCUCUGCUAUGGCUACGUCAACUUCCUCUCUCAUCAGGACGAUUUGCUUCAUUAUAUUUCACAGUCAGAUUCCAAGAUGGCCAUCGGUGCUAUUGAGGAGAAAAACCAUUCCUUGUUGAAGGGGAGAGCAAUAAGGGUUACAUGGUCGCAUCGUGAUCCUGAUGCAAGAAGAAGUGGAGUUGGAAAUGUCUUUAUCAAGAAUCUGAGUGAAUCAAUCGAUUGCGUGAAGCUCCAAGAAAUGUUUCAGAAGUUUGGGAACAUAUUAUCAUGUAAAGUUGUCACUUCCGAUGAUGGAAAAAGUAAAGGUUAUGGCUUUGUCCAAUUUGAAUCGGAAAGCUCUGCAAAAGCUGCUAUUGAGGAGCUUAAUGGGUCAACUAAUGAAGGCAAACAAAUGUUUGUGGCUAAGUUCAUGAAAAAGAGUGACCGAGCUAAUCUUAGUUACGAAGAGAAAUAUACGAAUCUGUAUGUGAAGAAUUUGGAUGCAAGUUUCUCUGAAGAAGACCUCAGGGAGAAGUUCUCAAAAUAUGGAAAAGUUAUAAGCCUAGUCAUAUCAAAGGAUGAUAACGGUGCAUCCAGAGGAUUUGGGUUUGUCAACUUUGAGAACCCAAGUGAUGCCAAACGUGCAGUGGAAGCUUUCCAUGGAUCAAAACUUGGAUCAAAGGUCUUGUAUGUUGCCCGAGCACAGAAGAAAUCUGAACGAGAGGAAAUCUUACGCCGAAAGUUUGAGGAGAAAAGGAAGGAACGGCUCCUCAAAUACCAGGCGUCGAAUGUCUAUGUGAAGAAUAUUGACGAUGAUGUUACAGACGAUGAGCUGGAGGAACAUUUUAGCAAAUGUGGGACAAUUACGUCAGAAAAGAUUAUGCGAGAUGACAAAGGAGUGAGCAAAGGGUUUGGAUUUGUUUGCUUCUCCACCCCAGAGGAGGCCAAUAAAGCUGUUUAUACUCUGCAUGGUGGGUGCGUUUAUUUGCUGUCUAUUCUACUUAGUUCUAUAUGUAGCGAGCCCUUGUAUGUGGCGAUUGCUCAGAGGAAAGAGGACAGACAAGCACAAUUGCAGCUCAUGCAUUCACAACGAAUGGUGGGAUUAGGGGGAUCAUCAACUAUUUUUCCUGGCGGAUACUCUCAUUUCUAUUAUCCAGCUUCUAGUGUUGUUCCUCAAUUUCCUGCACAAAGUGCUGUUAUUAUCCAGCCUAGGGGAAUAAGGCCUGGAUGGAGGGGUAAUGGUGUUUCGAAUACUUCUGGACCAUUGGCACCUAAUAAUCCAAGACCUCACAGACAGAACAGGGGAAGGUCGAAUGGCCAUGGUUUUCAACAGGGUGCUGCAUUGCCAUCUGCAUCACAUUUGCAGCAGCCUAAUGAUUCAAGGAACCAUAAGCCUAUCGUAUUUGGAGCUGGACUGAGUUCUGGGGGUUCACAGAUGUUGAGUAACUUGCUUGCUUCAGCUUCUCCCGAGCAGCAGAAGCAUAUACUUGGCGAGCAUCUUUAUCCACUUGUUGCUCAUCAUCAGCCUGAUCUUGCAGCAAAGAUAACAGGAAUGAUUUUGGAGAUGGAAAAUUCUGAGCUGCUACUGCUAUUGAAUUCACCAAAGGCGCUAGCAGCCAAGGUGCAAGAGGGAGUUGAAGUGCUCAAAAUUUCAAAGUCUAAAGUCUCGACCAAGCACGACUCACUUCGUUCGAAGUACGUUUCUCCUCAGGUUGCUGUUAUUUAAUGGAAGCGUGCAGUAACCAUUCUUUUGGAAGGCAUUGGAAUGUUUAACCAAAUUCCUUCCAAGAUAUAACUUCCAUUAGGAAUGUCUGUUAUUUACUGUGUGUCUACGCAUGAACUUGUGUUUGGCGAGUCUUGUAGACAUGUCUGGAUCUGGCUUGUCAUCUUGACAUUUCAACUUUACACUUUUUCAAAUUUAUAGACUGAUAGAACUUAUUUAAAAAUAUUCUGCAUAUGAUCAACUUUUUGUUUGGUUGAUCUUGUGGGGGCAUGCUUGGAUAUUUCUAGUGAUCAUUUGAUAUUAGACUAUUAGUACGGCCA